UGUUGAUUGUCUGCUAUGUUCUCUUCAAAGGCAAAAGUAGAUACAGAAAACUUUAUGGUGUUGUCUGUCUUACCUCGCCCCUCUGAGUUUGGUACAUAUGUCAAACUUGCACUUUAUAGUAAUGACCGUUGGCCUGUGUUGACAGUUUUAGUAUUUUCUGUUCUUGACCUCUCUUUCAAAAUUGAAUUGCUUCAUGAUAAAGAAUUCUUAAUUAUUUUACAGCUUUUUCCCUUUUCUUAUAUUUUGCAGAGGAAUUUUCAUGUAGCUAGUAUAUAUGCUGGAAAGGAUAGUGUACCGCUUAAAGGAGCUUCAGUUAUUUCGGAGCUAAAAUAUCUUUUGAAUUUGUUGACUCUUUGUUGGCACUUUUCUAAAAAGCCCUUCCCAUUAUUCUUGGAGGCUACCGGCUACUCUGUAGAAGAUGUCCUACUUCAGGAACCUAAAGCAGGAAUUCUAAAGCCAGCUUUUACAAUUCUAACUGACAAAAGCACAAAAUGUAUUCUGCUAUUAAUUAGGGGAACUCAUAGUAUCAGAGAUACCUUGACAGCUGCAACUGGAGCAGUAGUACCAUUCCACCAUACUGUUGUAAAUGAAGGUGGCAUUAGUGAUGUAGUUUUAGGAUAUGCGCACUAUGGGAUGGUUGCCGCUGCUCGGUGGACUGCAAAACUUGCGACUCCUUGUCUGAUGAAGGCAUUACAUGAAUAUCCAGAUUACAGAAUACAGGUUUUAGAAUAUUUUCUUUACUUUGAGAAGCCAGGCAUCUGGGAUAAGAAUAGUGUGCAGCUUUUGCUCCACUCCCUCCACCCUAACCCUAACCCUAAUCCUAACCCUAAUCCUCCUCUUCGUCUUCUUCUUCUUCCUCCCAACCCCUACUCCAAGCCCCUCUCCCUCCUCGCCGACCGGUGCUCCUCCAUGUCCGAGCUCAAGCAAGUCCACGCCCAGAUGGUCGUCUCCGGCCGCGUCCACGACGCCUACGCCGCGAGCCGCCUCCUCUCCUUCGCCGCGCUCUCCCCCUCCGGCGACCUCCCCUACGCCGCCCUCCUCUUCCGCCAAACCCUAGCCCCCAACUCCUUCAUGCUCAACACACUCCUCCGCGCCCUCGCCGCAGGCCCCGAUCCCUCCGCCGCGCUCCUCCUCUACGCGCGCGCCCGCCGCGUCGGCUCCCUGCUCCCCGGUAAGCACACCUUCCCCUUCCUCCUCAAGGCCUGUGCUAACGCUUGCUGUUCGAAAUCAGUCGUCGCGCAAAUCCAUACCCACGUUUUCAAACAUGGGUUGGAUUUAGAUUUGUAUGUGGUUAACGGAUUGGUCCGGUGUUAUGCUUCCUGCGGGCUUCUCGGCAGUGCCCACCGACUGUUCGAUGAAACUCCUGAAAGAAAUUUGAUUCUUUGGACCACGAUUAUUAGCGGGUACGCUCAGAAUUCGCAGUCCGACGAGGCCCUGUGGCUUUUUGAUCAGAUGGUACAGUUUGGCAUCGAACCGUGUGACGCGACUCUGUCGUCGGUCCUUUCCGCUUGCACUCGAUCGGGCGGGUUGGAAUUGGGGAAACAGAUACAUGUAUUUAUAAGAGAGAAGGGGAUUGAAGUGGGAGUGAUCCUUGGAACUGCGUUAGUGGAUAUGUAUGCGAAAAACGGAGCCAUUUUUGAUGCGCUGAAAGUGUUCGAGGAAAUGCCGGAGAGAAACACUGCGACAUGGAACGCGGUAAUUUGUGGCUUGGCUCAUCACGGCCAUGCGACUGAAGCUAUUGAGCUGUUUUGGGAGAUGAAGAGGUUGAAGUUCCAGCCAAAUGAUGUAACUUUUGUGGGCGUGCUAUCGGCUUGUUGCAAUGGCGGUUUGCUCGAAUUGGGUCGAAGGGUUUUUGGUUCGAUGGAGGAGGAUUAUGGUGUGGAGCCGAAAAUUCAGCAUUUUGGAUGCAUGGUCGAUCUUCUCGGAAGAAGCGGGAGAUUAGAAGAGGCAGAGGAGUUGAUAAACGGAAUGAGAUGGGGAGCCGAUGUCGUGGUUUGGGGUGCUUUGCUUAAUGCUUGUAAGAAUUAUGGGAAUAUAGCGAUUGCGGAGAGGGUGGUGAAGGAGAUUCUUAAGGUGGAGCCUGAUAAUCAUGGGGUUUAUGUUGUGUUGUCUAAUAUGUAUGCGGAGGUGGGGAGGUGGGAAGAUGUUGUGAGGUCGAGGAAAGUGCUGAGGGAUGGGCAAUUGAAGAAAGUUGCAGGUUGGAGCUCUGUGGAUGGUGAUAGUUAACUUGACUCUCUAGUUCAUAUGCUUCAAUAGGAUGAGUGAGUGAAACACUGCAUCCAACUAUAUGCUUCAAUAGGAUGUGUGAGAGAAUGCCACAUCAAGAUAUGGGAUGGGCUGUUGCAACAUAUUCAUUGCCUCGAUUGAGGAUUACGGAACGACAAGAGGAUAAAGAAAGGGAAAGAAAAGAGAACUAAUUGUGUUCCUUCUAUCAUUCAAAAUACGGUUGGAUUAGAGUUCAUAAUUUGAAAGCUAAGAAUUUAAGUACCGUGACAUAGGAUACUGUUGAGAACUUGCCGACACGAGAUUGUGCUGAGCACUUGCCGACACGGUACGGCACAAUGCUUGCCGUGCCGUGCCAUUCCUAUGUGUGCCAUUGACAAAUAAAGCUUUGUGCCGUCACGUUUUAGCAUGAAAUAUUUAUUUUCUUUGGCACUAGCAUCUUCUAAUUGUUUUUAGUAUAUCUUUAUCAAAUUUUUUCACUUUAUUGAUGUAGUUGCUUGCUAGUUUGGAGAAAAAAGAAUUUCGAGUCGUGCUAUUGGGAUAGUAAUCGCAUUGUGCUGAUAUUUUGUCAGCACCGUAGGCAAGGCCGACAGUGCCAGACUCGUUCUGAUGAGCAAACAUUCAUGAAUUUUGUAUGAAAUUGUUGCUUUCGAGAAUUACGCCUGCAAUCAUAUGACUCUUUGAUGUCAGAUAAUUUUGCUGUGAACACUUUGAGAACUAGUCCGGCAAGUUUCUUUCAGAUUAUUAGCGAAUUCGACCUUUCCGAGUAUCUGCAAAUCACAGGGUUCUGCAAGCAAAUUUCUGGUAGAUUAGGGCUUGGUUUGAAGAAAGUUUUGUGUAGAUGAAAGUGGAGUACAGUGGCAAUUGCGUUUGUCCGAACUCAAAAUUUUCUAUCACUUGUUUGAUUUAAUGAAGGCAAUAGUAUUGAAUGUCAGAUUCUGUGACAUCUGUUAUUUGUUUUAAUGAAACUUUGAUUAAUGUAUUUAUUUAUUACUCUUGGGUGAA